AUGGAGUUGGAGCAGAAGAAACGCAGGAGACCCCGCUGUGGGUUCAGACAUAGCAUUAUCAAAGAAUUCUUGGCAGAAUUUCUCGGGACAUUCGUAUUAGUUCUGUUUGGGUGUGGCUCAGUGGCCCAGACGGUGCUCAGCCGGGGGGCUCUGGGCGAGACCCUGACCAUUCACAUCGGCUUCACCAUGGGGCUGAUGAUGGCGGUCUACGUCGCGGGGGGAGUCUCAGGGGCCCAUGUCAACCCUGCCGUGUCCCUGGCCAUGGUUAUCCUGGGCAAGCUGAAGGUGGUGAAGUUUCCGGUCUACGUGGUCGCGCAGUUCCUGGGCGCAUUCGCGGGCGCUGCUGCCGUCUUUGGGCUUUACUAUGAUGCCUUCAUGGACUAUUCCAGUGGAAUACUGUCAGUGACCGGCAUUAAUGCCACUGCGCACAUCUUCGCUUCCUAUCCUGCCAGAUACCUCUCAGUUCUCAAUGGGUUCAUAGAUCAGGUGAUCGGGACGGGCGUGUUGGUCCUGUGCAUCCUGGCCAUCAUUGACGGGAGGAAUAUCGGAGCGCCCCGGGGGAUGGAGCCUAUGGCCAUAGGUCUCAUCGUCAUGGCGAUUGGGGUGUCCAUGGGCUUAAACUGCGGCUAUCCCAUCAACCCUGCGCGGGACCUGGGUCCCCGCCUCUUCACCGCAGUGGCGGGAUGGGGCAUGGAGGUGUUCAGCACGGCAGGGUACUGGUGGUGGAUCCCUGUGGCCGGGCCCAUGGUGGGGGGCAUUGUGGGUGCAGUGGUCUACUUCCUCCUCAUCGAGCUGCACCACGCCCGGCCGGAGGAGGAACUGCAGGAGGAGGAGGAGGAGGAGGAAGAGGAGGAAGAGGAUGACGUCAAGGACAAGUAUGAGAUGAUCACCAUGAGUUAA